AUGCCGCCCUCCAUCCUGUGGAAGUCCUUUGUCGUUGCUAAUUGCUUUGCGAUAGCAUCCGCUUUGGCUCAUGUAGAUAUUUUCCCAUCGUCGCAGGCACAUGUCCAGUCAGAUACAGGAGGUGCAAGCACGCUGAGGCUGAUGUUUGUGGGCGAUUCCAUCACGCAUGGACAUGAAGCAGACUACACGUGGAGGUAUCGACUUUGGCAAUGGCUGCGAGAAACGGAGACUCCAUUCUCGUUUGUCGGACCAUAUACAGGCACCUGUGCUCCAGCACCUGCACUUCCCCCUCAACCGCCACGCCUACUCGAACUCCCGGUGAGAGGAGCAGAUGCUAUCGAUGACUUUCCCCGCACCGAUUGGGGCUAUGCCCGAGAGGUUCCACAGGACUUCGACGCUCACCAUUUUGCGACCUCUGGAGAUCGCGCUGACCGAGUCAAGAAAUUGAUUCAGAGUCGGGUCCAAGAGUUCACCCCAAACGUGCUUCUGAUUUUGCUGGGAUUCAACGAUCUCUCUUGGGGCGGCGCAACUCCCGAUGGUUUGAUCGCAAGCCUCAAGGAAUUAAUUGAUAAUGCUCGAGCGGCCAAUCCUACAAUCAAAGUGGCAGUGGGCAACGUCGUUCACGAAGCAUAUAGCAGCCCCAGUCUCGAGGACCGUACCACCAAGUUCAACGAACUUCUCCGAUCUACCUACACGUCUUGGAAGUUACCAGAAUCUCCUGUGUUUCAUGUCGAUGUAGCAGGCGUGUAUACAUGCGGACCGCAUCGUAAUUGCACUAGUACAGCUGAUGGGUUGCACCCGAACGAGUUAGGAUCUUACCAGAUUGCUCAUGCCUUUUCCAAGACCUUGAUUGAGGACUUCUCGAUCGGACAGCAACCCGUCCCGAUCCCGGAAACCUGGACUGAGCGAGCAGUGGAGCCUCCCACCAACGUCAAGGCAGCAAGCACCUCGAUGGGCAUCAAAGCCACCUGGGAUCGUCCUUGGGGAAUCACAGACUUCCACGUCCGGCGACGCACGGGCGGCCAGGAGUGGAUCAUCGAUUAUGGAGUGAAGGCGAACAGAACAGAUACUAUUCUGCCCGAAGCUGGCAUUGAGUACGAAUACCAGGUUCGCUCGUGCUUGGGAAGACGAUGCGGCGACUGGUCCAGUGAAUAUGCCAGCGCUCGAUCAGGAAGAAACACCGGUCCGCCCCCCGAGACCGUCAUCACUUCCCCUACCGAGCUGGGCUUCCACGUUAGCUGGUCGCCUCCCCACGAACAUGAAGCUGCAAAGUGGAACAUUACACAAUACGACGUCUCAUUUUUCAACACUCACACGAAGCAGGACGUACACGUGGGCACCCUCAACACAUCCGUCACGCUCGAGGGCCUGCCAUCGGGGGAGAUGAGUGUGGUAGGCGUGAUCUUGGACAUCUCCAUCUCCGCGUGGACCAGUCCCGAGGGUGGUGGCACCAUAUUCACUCGUGGCAGACCCGUGCUGCCAGGCGCUCUCCUCGCCCCCCACAAGCCAGGAAGUCUGCAGUCGAGAGUGAUUAAUGAGAGUGCUGUGCAACUGACUUGGGCCGCUAAUGAUGAGUAUACCGCUGGGUAUCUGGUGUAUGUCGAUGGCGAUACCAAUGGCAUUGCGACUUUGGAGACUGAGCAGGUGGUUAGGGUACCACAACAACGGACCCGUAGCACCCUUCCCGAAAUUUGCGUCUCGGCUGUCAAUGGCGAGCUUGCUUCGGAAAAGUCUUGCUUAACGGGAGAUGCAGCAGCAGUUCCCGAGUCUCCUCGUGUUGGGGAACCCGAGGGCGGUACUACUACUACUGCUACUGCUACUACGACGACGUUUCUUGCUCCGAUUUUGACGUUGUUGAUUUUGGCGUCACUCGUCGUGAGUAUGCUGCGGUGUGUCCAAGGUGGAUCGGAUGGUGAAAUCUAUAAAUGA